AUGGCGAUACGGUGUAGUGGACUUUUGAAAUCAAUGACAGGAGCUAUUAAAGGCGUACCAUUUAUGAGCACUGUUGGUGAUGCUGGUGCGGGCUUCGUUAUUAAUUUGUCAUUACUUGUUGCGGCUAUCGUUUUCCAUUUCAUUUCAUAUUCCUUUUCGGAUCACGGCGUCUCGUUUGUUUGUGAUAGUAUGUGA